GGUUGGAUGUGGCGCCUUUUUCUGCGGCUCCCCCCACCCCUUAAAUUCCUGCGGAGGGGCGAGCUGGCAGGGCCGACUCCUCCCUCUCUGGGCGGCGGGGCCCCAGCCUCCCCUCCCUCCCCUCCCCCACUAUUUGGCAGCGUCUGGGGGUCUGGGGAAGCUUCGUUUACGCACUCGGGGGAGUUAGGUUUCCGGGAAGGGUCGGAAGCUCCUCCCUCGCCUCCUGGUGGGCAAUGGGGUGGUGCGUUUGACUCCAGGGGUGGGAAAACACCCCCAAUUUUGAGGACGCGAGUGGCAUUUUGAGCCUUCCCAAUCUAAACCAGGUGUAUGGAGGGAAGCAAGUGCUUACUCCCUGCUGGAACCUUGAGUAGUGGUUCUCAAACUUUAGCGUCUUGGACAUCUGGGAGGUUUUUAGGAACGCUCGUCCUAGGGCCCUACUUAAGAUCUUCUGAGUCCGAGGUUCCGGAGUAGAGUCUGAGUGUCUUCAUUUUAACCAGGUUCCUGUGUUGCCUGUAAUGCAGGUGGCCCCGGACCGCACUUUGAGAAACGCUGACUAGAGUGUUUUACUUCCUAAGCCAGACUGGAGCCAGAUAGGCACUGUGCACAGAGUGCCUCUACUUUGCAAAGAAUGUAUGUGUGAGUCCACUCCUUAGCGUACUGGUGCAUGUAGACAUGAAGUGUUGGACAAAGACCAAGUACCUCUGUUUGAAGAUACUGCUCGCUGAGAACUUAGCAAAGGAGAGAGUGUUUGGAAUUUGAGUGUUGGAAGCUGCCUGGUGAGGAGGGUUGUGAGUUUUUUCACAGCGUCAGAGGACUUGUAAGUGAAAUACCUUCCUUUUGGAUUUGCACCCACAAAGCUAAGAUACUGUGAGACGUGUUCUCAUAAAAUCUUGCGGAUGACAAUAGUAAUAGUUCAUACUUCUCCCAGAGAUGUCACUUCCUCAAGUGUCACAUAGCAGGGUUAUAGUGUGGAUAGCAUACAUUCCUCUUGGCACCCUGUAGUUGAUACGUAAUUACUAUAAUUGACUUUUUGAUGGUGAGGGAAGCUUCAGCUUCUAGUCUUUUGCUUUAUUUUGGGAAGUGAGGUUCCUGCCUCAGAGGUGUGCAGACAGAGAUGGCUGUGUGUUGAGUGUUGUUACAGGUCUGUGGUAGGUACGCCUUCUUCUUACCUGGGGUGUAUGAAGCUCAGUUACUGACUUACAAGAACUAAAGCUGUUGGGUUUAUAAGAGAAUUUUCACUGGUGUUCCUGAUUGUCUUCCCCAGGCACUUGUUGCCCAGUGAACAGAAAUAGCAGUUGUUUGUGUGCUCAAGUUUCAUGCUUCAGUUCAUUUGUUUUGGUUUGGCAUAUGAAAAUUGGAGAUUUUGAAGUUCCUAAAUAUUUUUUUGAUUCGGUCAAAAUUGAAAGCUGUGGCUGGCUUUGAGAUCUCUUGGAAAUUUUAGGAUUUCUCCAGUGUUGCUUCACUUGGAAACAAAUUUAGGCCUGAAGGAGAGUAGGGGAGAGCCAAAGGAUGUGCUUGCUCUCUUUCUCCUCGAGGUUGACUCUUGGGUGUUCAUUGGAAUUCUCCUCCCGAGUCCCUGUUAUGUAGGUGUUUAUGACUCUGGGCACCAAGAGGAAAUUUGCUUGCCAGAGUUACUUGUUAGAGGUACUAGAAAACUACUCAGAUGCUCCAAUGACACCAAAACAGAUUCUGCAGGUCAUAGAAGCAGAAGGACUAAAGGAAAUGAGUGGGACAUCCCCUCUUGCAUGUCUCAAUGCCAUGCUACAUUCCAAUUCAAGAGGAGGAGAGGGGCUAUUUUAUAAACUGCCCGGCCGAAUCAGCCUUUUCACACUCAAGAAGGAUGCCCUGCAGUGGUCUCGCAGUCCGGCUGCAGUGGAGGGAGAGGAGCCAGAGGACACAGCUGACGUGGAGAGCUGUGGGUCUAACGAAGCCAGCACUGUGAGUGGUGAAAACGAUGUUUCUCUUGAUGAAACGUCUUCGAACGCAUCCUGUUCUGCAGAAUCUCAGAGCCGGCCUCUUUCCAAUCCUAGGGACAGCUACAGAGCUUCCUCACAGGCAAACAAGCAAAAGAAAAAGACUGGGGUGAUGCUGCCUCGAGUUGUUCUGACUCCUCUGAAGGUAAACGGGGCCCACGUGGAAUCUGCAUCAGGGUUCUCGGGCCGCCACGCCGAUGGCGAGAGCGGCAGCCCGUCCAGCAGCAGCAGCGGCUCUCUGGCCCUGGGCAGCGCUGCUACUCGUGGCCAGGCCGAGGUCGCCCGGGACCCUGCCCCGCUCCUGAGAGGCUUCCGGAAGCCGGCCACAGGUCAGAUGAAGCGCAACAGAGGGGAAGAGAUAGAUUUUGAGACGCCUGGGUCUAUUCUUGUCAACACCAACCUCCGGGCCUUGAUAAACUCUCGGACCUUCCAUGCCCUGCCAGCCCACUUCCAACAGCAGCUCCUCUUCCUCCUGCCAGAAGUGGACAGACAGGUGGGAACAGAUGGCCUAUUGCGUCUCAGCAGCAGCGCACUGAAUAACGAAUUCUUCACUCAUGCGGCUCAGAGCUGGCGCGAACGCCUGGCUGACGGCGAAUUCACUCAUGAGAUGCAAGUCAGGAUCCGACAGGAAAUGGAGAAGGAAAAGAAAGUGGAACAGUGGAAAGAAAAGUUCUUUGAAGACUACUAUGGACAGAAAUUGGGUUUGACCAAAGAAGAGUCAUUGCAUCAGAACGUGGGCCACGAGGAGGCUGAAAUCAAGAGUGACUUGCGUGUCCCAGGAGAAUCAGUGCGGCCACAGCGUGGUCCAGCUACCCGGCAGCGAGAUGGGCAUUUCAAGAAACGCUCUCGGCCGGAUCUCCGAACUAGAGCCAGAAGGAAUCUUUACAAAAAGCAGGAACCAGAACAAGCAGCGGUUGCUAAAGACACACAGUCUGUGGUACCAGACAUCCCCCUCUACAAGGACGGGGAGGCUAAGAGCGACUCAGCAGAGGCGGGCGGCCCCCAUCUGCCUGGCAUGGCCUCUGCAGCACCUGACCCAGAGAAUCCCGAAUUCCUGACCCAGCCUGUGGCUUCCCGGACCCAGACCGAUCCAGGCGACCUGGCACGUGCUUCCGCGUCUCCAGACAGGAUUCCCAGCCUGCCUCAGGAGACUGCGGCUCAGGAGCCCAAGGAUCAGAAGAGGAAGUCCUUUGAGCAGGCGGCCUCUGCGUCCUUUCCCGAAAAGAAGCCCCGGCUUGAAGACCGUCAGUCCUUUCGUAACACAAUUGAAAGUGUUCACACCGAGAAGCCACAGCCCACCAAAGAGGAGCCCAAAGUCCCGCCCAUCCGGAUUCAACUUUCACGUAUCAAACCACCCUGGGUGGUUAAAGGUCAGCCCACUUACCAGAUAUGCCCCCGCAUCGUCCCCAUCACGGAGUCCUCCUGCCGGGGCUGGACUGGUGCCAGGACCCUCGCAGACAUUAAAGCCCGUGCUCUGCAAGUCCGAGGGGCGAGAGGCCACCACUGUCAUCGAGAGGCGGCCACCACUGCCAUCGGAGGGGGGGGUGGCCCGGGUGGAGGUGGCGGCGGGGCCACCGAUGAGGGAGGUGGCAGAGGCGGCGGCAGUGGUGAUGGUGGUGAGGCCCGUGGCCACCCUGAGCCCCGCGGAGCCCCGAGCACCCCUGGAGAGUGUGCGGCAGAUCUACAGCGAACACAACUACUGCCGCCUUGUUCUCUAAACGGGGAGCAUAUCCAGGCUGGGUCUGCCGUGUCCAGAGCCAGGAGAGAGGACCCGAUCGCUCUCAGAAAGGAGGAGAGCUGCCCGCUACGGAGGCUUCCAGAUGUCCUCACAAGUGGUCUGGAAGAUGCCUCCCAGCUCCCCAUUGCUCCCACCGGGGACCAGCCGUGCCAGGCUCUGCCCCCACUGUCCUCCCGAACCCCAGUACCAGAGAGAUUAGUUGAGCAACCUGCAUUGCAUCUAGAUGUUAGAACUGAACGUGAGUCUGGUACCACUUCCUGGGAAAGCGAUAAUGAGGAUCGAGGACCCUCUCUUCUCCGAGAGAAUGAUCCUGUGCAGUCUCUAGCGGGGGGUGUUGUACUGGAAGGAGGACCUGGCCAGACCCUUGACCAUGACAGUGACCCCACCAUGAAGCAUCCUGUGAAUGUGACCCCCACUUCCACCACUGAGUUGUCUUUGGCUGGUUGCCUGCAGGACAGACAAUGUGAUGAUGAAUUAGGACUUGGUGAUUCAUGCUCACCCACGAGGGAAAGUGCUACUAGACAAGAAAACCUGACAACUGAGGCCCUCGUCUCUGAUGGCGCUGCUCCUUGGGUGCCCGGCCUGUCAAAUGAUGAGGCGGUCAGACGGCCUGAACCAGACUCCAGAGGACGUGUCCCAUCUGCUGAGCCCCAGGCUGUGGAAGAAUGGGAGAAAGCUGCCCCCCUCAUUCCUGUGUCAGCUGGGGAGUUGACUGAGGAGGGGCUAGUUCCCCCGGAGCACUUCUCUUUGGUCUGGACGGUGCCGUUGCAAGGGUGUGCUGACAGUGCUGGUGGCCACCGCAAACCGGUGGCAGGUGAGAAAUUGAAGAUCAAUGGAGAGUCUGAAGCACUAAGUCCUCACAGCGAGUCCACAGACACGGCCUCUGACUUUGAAGGCCACCUGUCUGAGGACAGCAGCGAGGCCGACCCCAGUGAGGCCACAGUGGUGAAGAGAGCCUUGGUGGCGGACACGGAUGAGAAACACGAUUGGAACCACUCUGCCUCACUCUCCAAGGUGAAUGGUGAUCGGAGUCUGGUUAUGAGGACAGACAGCAUGGCUCCUCCUCAGAGCUGGGUGUCUCGUGUAUGUGCAGUUCCCCAAAAGUUUCCAGAUUCCCUGCUGCUGGCCAGUACUGAGUACCAGUCAAGGCCCACAUUGCUGGGCAGGCCUGGGUCCUCCAUGGAGGCCACUAACCCACUCGUGAUGCAGUUGCUGCAGGGUCACUUACCCCUAGAGAAGGUUCUUCCUCCAGCCCAAGGCAGUAGCAAACCUGAAUCCCCACGACUCCCGCUUCUGAAAGAGCAGGGCCACGGCAGCUCCCUGGGAGUGGGAUCUUUGCAGGACCCUUUGGUAAACAGCUGUGCAGGUAGCAAGACCAGCCCCCGUUCUUUAAGAGCUUCAAAGGAGCUGCUUCUACCUGAGAUCCGUGAAGUGAGCACUGGUCUUGCCAGGCUGGAACCCACCCAGGCUCCUGGAGCUCCCCAGAAGAUUGCCAAGACAGCCCCAAGUUUAGACUCCCUGUAUCCAGUGACAAAGUUGAUGGCUGCCUCUGGGAAAGUGGAAGAAGUGGAUUCCAAAGAGCAGUUCUCUCCCGUUAGUGUGGAAGAUCGGAAGGAAGCCCGUGACCUGUCCCAGCGCAGUAAUUCAAAUGCUGCCCCAGGCAGAAGUCCAGGAAAUCUCACUACCUCGAGAGUCCCUUGUUUCUCAUCUCCAAACGUGAUCUCCUUGGAUCCCGAUCAGACAGGUCAGGCCCUGGGUAAUCAGAAUGGUGCUGGAGGUCAAGGGAAGAAGCUCUUUGGCCCUAGGAAUGAGGCCGCGGCCCUUCAGCGCCCCAGACCCGUGGAGCCGACGCCACUGCCCGCUGAUGCCCCUCCUGGGUUUCCCAGUAGGAAGUUGGGGCCAAGCAAAAACUCUGUGUCCGGUGGGGUACAGACUGCCAGGGAAGACUGGGCUCUGAGGCCACCGCCUGCGCCUCUCGGUGGUGUCAAGAACGAGAAGACUUUUGGGGGCGGUCCUCUCAAGGCAAAUGCAGAGAACAGGAACGCAGCUGGGCCUGGUCCUCGGGAGCUGGUGGAUCACUUGCAAGGGAUGCCCUUUGUUCUUGACCUGCCCUUCUGGAAAUUACCCCGAGAGCCUGGGAAAGGGCCUGGUCAGCCUCUGGAGCCUUCCUCCAUCCCCUCCCAACUCAAUAUCAAGCAGGCAUUUUAUGGGAAGCUUUCCAAACUCCAGCUAAGUUCCACCAGCUUUAAUUAUUCCUCGAGCUCCCCCACCUUUCCCAAAGGCCUUGCUGGAAGUGUGGUGCAGCUGAGCCACAAAGCAAACUUUGGUGCGAGCCACAGUGCAUCACUUUCCUUGCAGAUGUUCACCGACAGCAGCACGGUGGAAAGCAUCUCGCUCCAGUGUGCGUGCAGCCUGAAAGCCAUGAUCAUGUGUCAGGGCUGUGGUGCGUUCUGUCACGAUGACUGUAUUGGACCCUCAAAGCUCUGUGUAUUGUGCCUUGUGGUGAGAUAAUAAAUUAUGGCCAUGGGAAAAGUUGUAUAGUUAGUGUGUGUAUUUUGAUAAUGAUUGAUCUUCCAUCUGUGUACAGAACCCCUUGAUAUAACAGACUCUGUUUCUCUAGGCAAGAGCACUCUUGCCCCUCCCUAAAACUUGUAGUGCUAAGGCCCCUCUGUCGCUUACCAACUCUGCUGGUCUUGCUGCAAGGGCUUCCCGCGGGGCAGCUCAUUGGGCCGCCCGAGGCCGGCUGGCCAACUCAAGCUCUCGUGCAGACAGAGCCUGGUGUGGCAUGGGGAGCUUGCUUGACACCCAGAGGGACUCGAAACUGAAGAAAGAAGGUUGUGUUCUCCAUCGAGGGAACUAACCUACCCGAACUGAGUAGAAAUGUCAGUCUUCCACUGCCCCCUCCCUGCCGUGUUUCCUUCUGCUUGCUACUCUGGUCCUGGGGGAGUUAGUUGAUGGCUGGGGAAGCCAGCACAGGGUUAAAAUAACUCCCAGCAGUGCCCGCCAGGGGGCCCAAGCACCUGCUGACCUCAGGGUCACAGUUCUGGCAUUGGCCAGUUGACAGGAGCCGGUUUGACCUUUGGUUCUGUUGCUGAAGCAAAUUUGGGACUUUCCUGUCUCGGUACAAUUCACUGGCCCACAGGAGCUUUUGGAACCUCGAAUAGACUCGCUUGGACAACGGGGUCGGGCAUAGGGUUGUCUUUCCUCUUAAAAUGCCAUCUGUAGACCUUGUAAGUCAGAUGUCCAGAUAUUUGGCAGGUGAAUUCCUCUGCUUGACACCCUCCCUGUCACUUUGGACUCCGUGGGAGUGGGCAUCUCCACGCACCUGUGUAUGUGAAAGUCAUUUUACAUUUCAAAGCAGUGUGUGUUUCUUAUUUUUAUAUUUUUAACUCUUUAUCCUUGGAUGUAUAAAGUGAAUUUUUUGGCUUCUGUAAGUAUGCUCUAUGCACCUCUAAUGUUUUAUCAUGUAUUUAUAUGUUGUACACAGUACUGGCCGAUUCUGUAAAUGGAUGUAUUGUACAGAGAACACAAGUGUCUCUCCCUUAUUUUCCAUCUUCGGCAUCAUUGCAUUAAAGUGGUGUACUUCUCUCCACCUGUGUCAGAGCCACUGCGGCUGUGCUGCCCGACACGAGGGUGGAGUGACUGACUUGUGAUCUGCCAGCGUGGCUCGGUCGCCUAGUGGACCUGCUGUAGCCUGCAGAGCCACAGCCAGCCCGCCCGCGCUCAGCUGCGCAGACGUGUCUCGCCCCUCACGUCUCUUCUCUUCCGACCUCCCACUGGCCGCUCGCUGCCGUACGUGACAAAUCACCGCCACGGGCGUUAAGUGCUCUGGAGUCCAGGGUGAGUGCCCUGGGUGGCCCCAGGCAGGCUUUCCAGAUCUGGCUCCGGGGUUACCACCUUCAGCAAUAGCUGGGGCCCGAGGGCUCCGUCUGAUGUACUUCUGACAGCAGGUUGCUGAAGAAACAGCCACGCUCGUUGCCUGCCUCUCUCCCGACACAUUAACAGCGCAGACAUCUGCAUAGUUGUCUUCCCUCACCCUGCUUCCUGCCUUACUUCUUACACCUCGACUUGUGGCAGAGUUCAGAGCCCUCAUUUGACUUAGGUCUCCCUAUGUGAGUGCUUCUGUGUAAAGUAGAAAAUUGGUGUGACUUCAGCAAGUGUCAUUUCACCCGAAAGGUCUCCCCCCACCCCACCCCACCCCACCCCACCCGGGUUCAUCCACUGUGGCAUUUUUGUCAUCUGAAGCACGAGUGAGAAGUUGGCAAUCAUGUGACUUAAAUGCAGUAUUGGCCAAGUCCCGAGUUGGCAGCUUCAAGAGUCUGUUUACCAAAGACAGGGAGCAGAGGCCCAAGUGUGUUUGAUCCUCUUCUUCCUUCUGCUGUGACCUUUGGCGGCCUCUAGGCAACAGGCAGAAACUGGUCUGGUCCAUGGGGCUGCCCAGGGACAGCACUGUUCUUGUAUGUCUCGUGGUUUUGGAAAAAUAAACGUGUACAGCCUGCGCUUGUGGUCUCCGUCCUCUUGUGUGGCCGCCCCGCCGGGCUGGAAAGGAAGGCCAGGAGUGCGAAAGCGGCACCGCAGGAGCGAACGCCAGCUCGCUU